GUCUUAGAAAAUCUAUUUCCAAAUAUUUAGCAAUAGGCGUUCACCUUGUCUAUCUCCAUACUUUUGUGGCCUUGCACAAAGUUUUUCACGUUCUUGUUGCCAAGUUAACAAGAAGAAAAAACAAACUUACCCACCAUGGCAAUGAUAAAAAAAUGUUUUAUGUUUGUUUGAAUAACAAAUUAUGUUUGUUUGCAGUGUCGUGUUCUUUAUUUGCUUUUGGCAAAAACGUUUAAAUAUGUUGUAUACGAAUGAAGGUAAUUGACUGAACAAACAGACAACGUCGUUUAUCAAACAAAACAUUUGAAAAAAGAAGGCUCGACGAUCCCUCAACAAGAGGACGAAAAGAUAAAUCAAUAAUGUCUCAUAAAGAAUCGCAAAUCACCUUGGUUUUAUUGUUGUUAUUGGCUGGCGUGGUUUUAUCUAGUGAACCAAGCACAACACCUAUUUAUGAAACGAUGGAUCCCAAAGCUCUUCAACAAGCAACAAGUCUAAUGCAGAUUAGAAAUUACCUUAGUUACGCUGUUAACAUGGAUAUUGUCUUUCUGGUGGACGUCAGUUACAAUACAACGCAGUAUCUCACACCAUUGGCAGCAUUGGGAAAACUUGCCACUUCGUGUUUGACAGGCAUGCGUGAAGGUAACAACAAGAUAGCUCUUAUUACCUUUGGAAAUACAUCUAGACUGGAGUAUGGAUUUCGGGAGUGCUUUAAGGAGGGGUGCCUAAAAAAUGUUUCGGACACAGUGAUGGAGAGAUCAGAGGGCCGGAAAAUUGGCAAAGGAUUACGAUACGCAAAACGUUUGCUGAAGAAAGAACAGCGGGACUAUAAAAAGGGAAGUCAUCAAAACCACCCAAGAAAACAAUGCAUUGUAUUAGUCACGUUCGGAGUUGAUGUAAGUGAAAAUGAGUUUCCCAUGGUGCCAAGAAUAUUAGGUAAUGGUAUUGACAUGAUCGUCAUCGGAGUUGGAAAAAACGCUGCUAAAGAUGAGGCGACUCUUAAUAGUAUAACAAAGCCCUAUACGAAACAGUCCAAAAGAAGUGGAAUGAUUCUGGUGACAGAACACUCAGAGUACUUGUUCACUCUACUGGAAAAUGCUGUCAAAUACACCUGCUUCUAGUAGAUUCCAGGAUGAUAGAUAUGUAUAAUUAAGAAGUAUUUAAACAUGCAGACGAAGUAUCUGUAAACAGAUAUUAUUUUAACGAAGAAUCAAGAAAUAUUUGACAAAGUUUACGAACGACUGGCACAAACUGAAGGACUUUAUGAUAACAAAGAGCUCGCAAGAACUGAAAGUCAACGCAGUAGUUUAAUUCUUAUUUUGACUAGUUGUUUGGUUUUUUUAUAAUAUUUUUGUUUGUUAAAUAUUUCUCUUUCUUGUUUAUAUAAUUUUAGUAUUUAUGUGUACUUCACUUUUCCAUAUUGGUGUUACCUCAAUUGUCGAAACAAAAAUGUGACAUACAAGUAGGUUGCCCCGAUAUUAAACGCAACAGAGUUUUUUGCAGAUUAAGUCGAGAUUAAGAAAACGAAAUAAAGAGUUUAAAAAAGUUUUGCUACAUAGUCACCGGAUAUUUAAGAAAGCAUUUGUUGCAGAAAAAAUUUUAUACAAAAACAGUGUUCGCUUAUAACUGGAAAUUUCAUUGUGAAUUCAAUAUAAAACACUAGUAAAAAUGCAUUACAUUGAAUUUUAGCCGCAUGGACCAAAAAGCUCCAGUAUAUAACAGAGUGAUAUUCAAUGAAAAUUUUUCUUAAUUGGGCGAGUUAUCAAUCUUUAUAGCUGGCUUUAUAAGCAUAGUUAUCUUUCAUCACUAUUCUGAAGUUAAAAGGUUUCUAACUUAAAAAUUGUACUUUAAAAGUGAUAAGUUGGUACGUUACUGUCACCAUUUCAUACAAUUUCAUACUGUAACCCUAUUGGAGUGCAUUUUAGCCAAUCUAGGUGGCUGAAGGUAAGUCUUAAACAUAACAGUCCUUUAGUCAAUUAAUACAAAAAAGUUCCAUAUAUUUACAAUUAGGCCUCUAGUAAAAUGGUCCCCAUUCAUAGCACGGCAUUUUUUUUGUUUAAUGAGAAGGAGAAGUUUAUAUCAACCAAAUAGACUUACGCUAUUACUUUACAUUAUUUCUUUAAGUAGCACAAACAGGAGGUUAAGAAAUAAAUAUAACAUUUGGAUUAGAAGUUUUGGUAUUAUUUAUCAUUACCUAAUAUUGUAUAUUUUGCAUUGAUCUUAUGUCGAUAUGUUUAAAAUGAAACAUUUUGGUAUAUAGUUGUUGGUAAUGAAAAUAAGUAAAUUCUGAUUACAUUUUAUGCCACCUGAACUUUGCAGACUCGGCCUUGCUUCCAGUAUCCCAAUAUGACAUCGAUUUUUAACAAAUGUUGAAGUGUUUUGAGUCACGAUUUGUUUAUGAUAAUAUUAGAUGUAAACUUAAUUUGUUGACAUUGACGAGAAUCUUGUAUUGGAGAAAAAUAGCUAAAUAAAAGAAUCCUAAAUUAUCUGUUGAGU